AUGCACAGCUGCUUCUCGCGUCUCUCUCACAACAUGAGGUCGCGGCGCCAACUGCAGCCUAAUGUGGAUGCUAACCUCCCCCUGAAGGACCGCACAGACAGAAGGUGUCUGAACAUGGAGCACACGGCUGUGACAGAAGCAUCCUCUGAGGUUCAAGGACCAGCCCUGGACCCAAACCCCAAACAGAGUCAUGUGGAGACUCCACUCUGUGCCCACGAGUCUGAGUUUAGUGACCUCCUCUCGCCCACAGAGGUCUGCAUUUCAUCCAACACAAAGCUUUUAAAAGAAGAAAAGAACUACGAGGUCCAGCAGGCCUUUAGAAUAUUCACAGACUUCCUCACAGAGAAGCACAAACACAUCACCAGCCCAUUCUUGCGUCCGGCCGUAGACAAGGAUGAAGAACCCCGCCAUGGCCACGCUAAAGUCAGCCCAUCCAUCUGCUUACGUAGGAUGGAGGAAAAGUUUGUGCAUCAGGAAUAUCGCAGCAUCACCGAGUUCGUGGCCGACUUCAGAUCCAUGUUGGAAAACUGUUACCGGCGCCACGGAGUAGACCACUGGCUGUCCAAGCAGGCGCAGCGGCUGGAGGUCCUGCUCGAGCAGAAGCUAACGCUGCUGUCCAGGAAACUGCGUGAAAAGACGACUCUCGCUGUGACAUCAAAAGGAAGAUUUAGUGUUGGAGAAGAACCAGCGUCUUCCACCAGGAGGCGACAGACUCGACAUGUGCAGACCCUGACCGCUGGAGGCCACGAGACCGCUAUGGUCCAAAGGCUGAGACUGGAAGAACAACUGAGGACCAGGGAGGAGAAAAGACAGCGUGAGCUCGAGAAGAAGGAGGCAGAAGAAAUGUCAGCCAAAGAGAUGGACGACUGGGAGCAGAGUUUACUUUCUCAGGCUUCUCCUCACAGUGUGGAGAGCCUUUGGGAGCUCCCAGCCAUCGGGCACUUCCUCUGCUUGGCUCAGACGGCUCUCAACCUCCCAGAGAUCGUCUUCUUCGAGCUGGAACGCUGUCUCCUCAUGCCUCGCUGCAGCACUCUCCUUUCCAAAACCAUGUCUGCUCUGCUCUGCCCGCCACAGAGGAGGUCUACCUUGCACCGUCGCCCCGCUUUGCCGUACAGACGCUGGGAGUUCGAGCUCAGGCAGAGAGUUCUCGUCUGGUACCGCUCUGUAGGGUCGUCACGGGAUCAGGCGGCUCACGCGGAGCAGCUCGGCCUCUGCCACCGGUUCUUCAGCGUCCUGGGGAGAAGCAGUCCUCUGGAGGCCGCCCCCUUUCACCUGCUGCCGUUUUACCAGCGUGUGUGGCUCCUGAAGGGCCUGUGUGACCAUGUGUACGAAACGCAGAGAGAAGUGCAGAAGGCGGUGCUAGCUCAGCCCAUUCAUGAAUGGGGCGCUAACAUCAGUUUGAAUGAAGGAGAAACUAAAGCAAAGCAGAGGCGCUCGCAGCCCAGAGACCAGAGUACGACUGAGAAAAGAAAAAGUAGAGAAGGAAUCGAUCUCACUCCAUCUAAGAAAAUCAAAAAUGAACGACACUCUGAACCGUAUUUUAAGUUGAUUUGCACCAACCUCGACGACUUGAGAGAUUUAAUCAAUAAGACGGAGAAUGAGCUCGACGAUCUACAGAGAAGGAAGAAGAAACUGAAUCCGUGGUAUUUAAAAAAAGAAGCUGUCCGGGAGCUUCACAGCACAUUGAUCCGAUUAUUGAAUGAGCUUACUCCCUGGGAACCUAAGCUAAUCAAAGCGUAUCAAAGAAAUAGAUUACGUAUCAAGAAGGAAUUCGAGGUUUUCAAAAGUCAUCCAGAAUAUCUCAACUUUGUGCGUGAAGAGUCAGUUUCGUCCUCUGAGGAGGAGGAGGAGCAGGGGUCUGUGAUUUGCCGUGAUCCUGAAACGAUAGCACUUCCUCUGCAGUUUGGAGGAACUGUACCAGAUUUGUCCACAAGAACUGAUUGUCAAAAGCCAGCUCUGACUGCCACAACCAGCGACAAUCACAGGAGCUUUAACUUCCUCCACUAUUGGCAAAAACCCAAUCAACUCAGUCUCUACUUCCGUUUUUACAUCUUCAGGAAUUUCUCCAGAUCCUGUCCAGUUUUCAUGCCCGAUCACUGUCCAUCCACACAACACACAACCUCCCAAACACCAUGA